AGGUGAUCUAUCGAGCUAUGUCUAGUCCUUAUUCCUCUGACGAUCCUUACAGCGAAGAAGCACAAGACCAACUCAUGAUCACUAACCUUCGCGUGCAGUUGCUGAAACAACAGAUAUGUCCCUGCAAGAACAAGGAUCCAGAUAUUAAACCCCAGUAUAUGGCCCACUAUGCAGUCUAUGAUUUUAUUGUUAAGGGCAGUUGUUUCUGCAAUGGACAUGCAGAUCACUGUGUCCCGAUAGAAGGAGUCCGACAAGCAAGGACAACAAGCAAAGUGCAGGUGGUGAGUACACAGUUUUGUGUAUUUAAACUAUUUAAAGGAACAUGUAAGGUGCCUUGACAAAGAUAAUGAGUUGUUGUUUUUUUAUGAGUUUGAUAUAAUUUUUUUUUUUUUUCAUUAAUAAGAAAAUUAUUCCGUAUAAAACACACCUACCUGUUCAGGUGAUUUCAUUGCUUCAUAAUGCAGCAGGGGUAUCUGUUUAAAUAAGUGGUCGCAAGAACAUGCACUCUUAUGGCUUGUACAAACAUGACCCCACAUGGGCUUAACACAUUUGUAUUGUAUGCUUUGUGUGCUAGGACAGCCUGGUACAUGAUGCAAAUAAAAAAUGAAAACAAAACACAGAGCACUGUGCUAUUGUUGGGCCAAAUUUAGGGAAAGGUGUCACCAAGGACGAGUAAUCCAGGAGAUAAAUUGAGAAUGGGUAUUCUUUUAUGUAAUAACAUUAGCUCUUACCCCAAAAUCUCUUAUCUCUAGUCAUUUGUCUGGGUGGAAGAGGUAAUUCACUGUGUGAUGGUUUCACAAGUAGCUAUUAAGUUGCUGUUAAUCUAGUUAGAGCUCUCGCGUGACAGUGAAAAGCCAUCUGAAGCCAGGAGCAUAGCUGGGAGAGAUGUUGUAUUCACUGAUUGUAUCUAUCUAUAAUCACGGGCUAAUUUACCUGCUGACAUUUAUUUGUCAGAUCCAAUGAUGUCACACAAAACGCCAUGGUCUUCUUUCAACCCACUGCAGAACCUUGGAUCACAAGUCAAAUUACAAGUUCUAUCAUGUUGCCAUACAUUAGUGUGUGAGAAUAACUGUGUAUAUAUAAUGUGUGUUUAAUAUGCACUUUAAAAAAAAAAAUUUAUUUUUUUGUCACACACCAAGUGGCCUCUUUUGUUAGGUAAAUCUGUUCAGCUGCUCAUUAAUUUAUAAAUACGGGCAAGAAAUGUAAUUGCAGUGUUAUUAACUAAGUAAUAUCUUAAUACACCCAGUCCUGAUUAGCAAAAAUAACCUUUUACCAUCCUGGGGCAUUCAAAUCCAGACAUUGCUCACAGUACUUAUCAGAGAUUUCAGCAUUCAGCAUCUGAAUGGACCCAAGUGUCUUCAGGAUUUAAGCCUGUCCAAAUACUACCCUCAAAUCCUGAGCAACAUGUGAAAAUGUGUGGAUGUACAUACAUAUUGAACCUGUGGGCUCCAAAAUAAACGCACAUUGACUUGUAUCUUAUGAUGAAGUGGGGGAUACUCUCAUUGCUGUAGGUUCCCAAGGAGUUCAUUCAGAUGUCCAGUGUGUUGCGAAUUGGUGCAAACUGAGUGGGCCUCUGCAAUAAAGGAGCAGUGGAGUCCAUAGCUUAUGGGUCAUCUGUGAAUGUCUAGUGGGUAUCGCUAGUGUCAUGGCCUUGCAUAUUUAAAGAGAUUAUGGUAAGACUCAGACAAUAAACUGUUUGGCAAUAUUGAGUUCUGGGAAAUUAGGAGGCCAAGGUAACACCUUGAACACUUUGUAAUGUUCUUCAAAGCAUUCCUGAACAAUUCUUGUCAGUGUGGCAGGGUACAUUAUCCUGCUGAAAGAGGCCACUGCCAUCAGGGAACAAAAUUGCUAUGUGGUGUUCAUGGUCUGCAACAAUCUCUAGGUAAGUGGCACAUGUCAAAGUAACAUCCACAUGGAUGCCAGGAUCCAAGGUUUUUCAGCAAUUUGAACUAUGGUAGCAUUUCUGUGUGAUCGGACCAGACAGGCUAGCCUUUGCUCCCCAGGUGCAUCAAUGAGCACCGGUUGUCCUUCCUUGCAGCACUUUUGGGUACUAACCCCACAAGAGUUGCUUUUUUGGAGAUGCCCUGACCCAGUCAUCUAGCCAUUACUAUCUGGCCCAUGUCAUCUUUUCAUUUGCCUAUUUUUGCCCAUGAAAUUAAAGAACUGACUGUUCACUUGUUCCCUGAUAUAUUUCACCUUUUGACAGGUGCCAUUGUAAUGAUGUAAUUAAUGUCAUGCACUCCACCUGUCAUUGCGUUUUAAAGUUGUGGCUGGUCAGUGCAUGUGUUAAAGGGACACUAUAGUUCCCAGAACUACUACAGUUUAAUGUAAUGAUUCUGGUGUCUCUAUAAUGCCCCCACCCCCUUCACCAUGGUCCAGAAGUGGCUAAAAACCCUUUCUAUCACUUACCUGAUUCCAGCACCAAUGUCCCUUGUAACUGGCUUGGGGGUCCUCCUUCUCUCCUCCCCCGCCGUCAGAUUGUGGAGUAGACAUAAUGUGCAUGUGCGGAAAUGCCCACGCUAGCAUUAGAACAGCCCCAUAGGAAAGCAUUAUACAAUGCUUUCCUAUGAGGUUUCGGGUUACGCUGGACAUCCAGGUCGUUAGGCGACUUUUUGCUAUGCAUGAGGAAGUCCCUCUGGUGGCUGUACGGUAGACGGCCACUAGAGGUGAAGUUAACCCAUAAAGAUAAUUAUUGCAGUUUAUUAAAAACUGCAAUAAUUACCUUUCCAGGUAAUAUGCACCCAGGAAUAUGCACCCAGAGCACUUCAAUGAGCUGAAGUGGUCUGGGUGCCUAUAGUGUCCCUUUAAUGUAUGUCUAUAGCCUGUCACUGUAGGCUGAGCAAUGUAUGUUUACAUUGCUGCUAGUAACACCUCUAGUGGCAGUCACUCAGUUUUCCACCCCCAUGAUGUGGGGGGGGGGGGACGUGAGUAAAAACACCUUUCCCAUGAGGUCAGAGUGGGGCCAGGUACCUAAAAAGACUUACUGACAGACUCACACUCACUGAUGCGCUCACAUACAUUUUCUCAUUAACAAAAAAAAAAAAAAAUAAUUUGUGAGUUUAUGUCCCUUAAAUGUCCAAUUACAGUGUGAGACUGCAUGAAACUGCUUAGUUCAGAAUUAUAUAGCUAUGUGAUAUAUACAGUAUCUCACAAAAGUGAGUACACCCAUCACAUUUUUGUAAAUAUUUUAUUAUAUCUUUUAAUAUGACAACACUGAAAAAAUGACGCUCUGCUACAAUGUAAAGUAGUAAGUGUACAGCCUGUAUAAAGUGUAAAUUUGCUGUCCCCUCAAAAUAACUCAACACACAGCCAUUAAUGUCUAAACCGUUGGCAACAAAAGUGAGUACACCCCUAAGUGGAAAUGUCUGAAUUGGGCCCAAAGUGUCAAUAUUUUGUGUGGCCACCAUUAUUUUCCAGCACUGCUUCACAGAGCUUCACAGGUUGCCACUAGAGUCCUCUUCCACUCCUCCAUGACGACAUCACAGAGCUGGUGGAUGUUAGAGACCUUGCUCUCCCCCACCUUCCAUUUGAGUAUGCCCCACAGAUGCUCAAUUGGGUUUAGGUCUGGAGACAUGCUUGGCCAGUCCAUCACCUUUACCUUCAGCUUCUUUAGCAAGGCAGUGGUCGUCAAUAUUGACACUUUGGGCAUUUCCACUUAGGGGUGUACUCACUUUUGUUUCCAACGGUUUAGAUAUUAAUGGCUGUGUGUUGAGUUAUUUUGAAGGGACAUUUACACUGUUAUACAGACUGUACCCUAAUUACUUUACAUUGUAAUAGAGUGUCAUUUCUUCAGUGUUGUCACAUGAAAAGAUAUAAUAAUAAUAAUUACAAAAAUACAUAAAAUGUGUAAUACUUAUGUGAGAUACUGUACUAGCUAUACACUAUUUAUAUACAGUCUAUUUGACAAAAUAAGUACUUUUAACUAAUUUACCACCAUGACAUUUUUUUUUUAAAUUGGAUUACCUAUUCUAAGAUUAUUUGCAUUUUUUACAUGCUGAUUAAAACUGUGAAUGGAUUGUCCCUUUACAGCCUUGUAAUUUCGAUUAGUCCUUUGUUUAUGUUUUACCAUACAAUAUGAGAAAGUUGAGGUAGGAAAUCCUGAGGAAUAAGCACAGUGCUGCCCUGUCUCUAUUCGCACUCGUGAGUUGCUUUCUGAUGAAUUGGAAUUAUGCAGAAGAAACGGAUGCCAGUCUCUGAGUCAAGGGCUCGUCCAGCAGUGUGAGAGGCACUGCAUUUCCCCUUAAACUCCAUGGAAUGUCAUGUGAACUGGAGGACUAUUCUGUGCCAAGCUCUAGAGACUAACUUCCACUUUUAAAAAGUUCACUGAAUGAAUAAGUUCACAGAGGGUUCAACACAUAUCAGCUCUCUCACGGCAGCUUGGGAAGUAGGUGUUUAAAGGACCACUAUAGUGCCAGGAAAACAUACUCGUUUUCCUGGCACUAAAGUGCCCUGAGGGUGCCCCCACCCUCAGGGUCCCACUCCCGUGGCACUGAAGGGGGAGGAAGGGGUUAAUCCCUUACCUUUUUUUUCUAGCGCCGGGCUCCCUCGGCACUGGGACUCUCCUCCCUCUUCUUCAGUUAUCGGCUGAAUGCGCAUGAUCGGCAAGAGCCCCGCGCAUUCAGCCAGUCUCAUAGGAAAGCAUUAUCAAUACUUUCCUAUGGACGCUGGCAUCUUCUCACUGUGAAAAUCACAGUGAGAAGCGUGGAAGCACCUCUAGCGGCUGACAUUGAGACAGCCACUAGAGGCUGGAUUAACCCUUUGGAAACAUAGCAAAUGCUAUGUUUACUGCAAAAAGGGUUAAACCUAGCUGGUCCUGGCACCCAGACCACUAAAUUAAGCUGAAGUGGUCUGGGUGCCUAUAGUGGUCCUUUAAAAAUGUUGUGCAAAUUUGUAUCAAUAUUGAGGAGUCCAAAGACUCUGGCCCUUCGAGGGUACAGGUUAAAUGGCUUAGAAAGCGGUGCCCAAAUUAGACCCCCAGAUGUUUUACAACUACAGCUUCUAUGAUACGUUUUCAUUCUAAAGACAUGCAAAGCAUCAUGGGAAUUGUAGUCCUACAACAUGUGAGGAUCGACCUAUUGGACACCCCUGGUUUAGAUGUAAUGGCAUGCAUUGUUAGACUGUAACAGGGAUUGACUGUAGCAGGUCUGGGAUCAAGUUCAGUAAGCGAUAUAGAGAUAUCGUUAACACCUUAAGGAGCAAUGAUGGUUCUUUACCAUCAAUAAAGUUGGCUUUUCGCAGCAUAUAUAUAGAUAGAUAUGUAUUCCUUGUACGACAUUUAUGAUAUUGUGUUGAGAUCAAUAGGGCACAGAGAUGAAAACUUACUUUAUGGGGCGGUAAUGAGUGCAAGGAGACCGUAAUGGAGACUUUGAUCUACUGUUAAGACAAAAAUCUGUCCAGGAAACAGCGGUUUGUGUAUGAUCAUAGUUCUAAUCAUGUUGUAGGGGAAAGGUAAAUUCCCAUAAAUCUAGUUGGACUAACACUCUGGCAGGGGAGCUGAGAGCCAUUAAAAUCUUACAGCUACACAGCAAUCAUGAAUUACUUACAGUGAGUGUAAACAUUUGUAUGUGUCUGUCAGGAACCCACACCCAAGGCCAUAUAUUUUUCCAUGCAAGGUCAUUCUUCCUGGUUACAGUGUGUAUCUUUGUGAUCUAUUCACUAAACUAUGAAAUGGGAAGUGACAUGUUACCUGCUAUUUUAUUUAUAUUAUACUAGAGUACAUUCAAAUCUUAUACAAAAGCUUAUGAUAGCUGAUUUUCUAGUAACAUAUUUAUACAUUCUGCGCAGUUAUUAGGUCAGGUGGUCAUUCCAAAGACAAUAGAAUCUUUAUAUUAAAGAAUAAGAAUAAAAUAAAUCUUUAAAAAUUUAUUUUAUGUUCUCCAAUAGGCAGUGGAGAAUGAUGUAGGUUCCCCUGACUUUGCAUAAAAUGGAUGAGAAAGGUCCUAUUUGGUUUGGUUAUAAAAAGUGCACCACAAGUGUACUCAAAACCUUCACUGCUGGUGUAUCAGAAAAAGCACACUACUGAUUUACUACAAAAGUACUCCACUGACACACUACCAAAAGUACCCCACUGACAUACUACAAAAAGUACUCCACUGAUAUACUACAAAAAGUACUCCACUGACACAUUGUACUCCACUGAUAUACUACAAAAAGUACUCCACUGACACAUUGUACUCCACUGACACACUACCAAAAGUACUUCACUGACACACUACCAAAAGUACUUCACUGACACACUACCAAAAGUACUUCACUGACACACUACCAAAAGUACUCCACUGAUAUACUACAAAAAGUACUCCACUGACACAUUGUACUCCACUGACACAUUGUACUCCACUGACAUACUACAAAAAGUACUCCACUGACAUACUACAAAAAGUACUAUACUGACACAUUGUACUCCACUGACAUACUACAAAAAGUACUCCACUGACACACUACAAAAAGUACUCCACUGACACACUACUUAAUGUACUCCACUGAUAUACAACCAAAAGUUCUCUACUGACAUACUACAAAAAAUGUACACCACUGAUGUACUACAAAGUGUGUUUGUGUAUAUAUAUAUAUAUAUAUAUAUAUAUAUAUUAUAUGUAGGUUUUUCAAAGGAAACUGAUUUACGCAAUUUCAUGACUUCUGAUUUGUUGAACAAUUACAGUAGGCUGAAUGAUCAGUAUUAUCUAUAGUCCUGUUUCUAAACUUUUAUCUUCAAAAAUUACUGCAACUAUAAGCUUCCCCAAUGAAAUAUAUCACAGGCAUUAGAAACAUUGUCCACUGCCCGUACAUGUACCUGCACUGAAUGUCAUAUGUGGAUAUUAUGGGAGCAUACUAUUAUUGUUAUUUUAUUAUUUAUAUAGCACCAUCAGAUUCCGUAGCGCUGUACUACACAAGUCCCCCACCACCUCGGACAGGCUCUCUCAUAAUUAUGUAUAAGGGAAUGUGCAAAUGAACAUUCUGCAGAGUGUUUAAUUACAUAUAGAUUCAUGGGAUAUGCUCAGCAGUCUAAAAAACAAACAAACAAACUAAUUGGUUGGCCAGGAUUAGCUCAGAGAUUUAAGCUUCUUCCUCAUGUUGCAGUGUUCACUCUAUAAACUUUAAGAUUUGCAAGUGGUAACCAACUCCAUUUUGGGCUUUCUUAGUAAUUUUGUGCAACAGAUGGCAUUAUUUAUCACCAACACAGGGAGUAUAGUUGUUUGUGGUGCGUGGAGUUACUUUUUUUUAUUUGGUGCGGGAUCUGUGUCUCUUUGUGUACUCUGUUCUUCAAAGCAUUUAAACGUUUUCAUUUGAAAUAUUUUAAUGUAUUAUUUUCAAGGUUUCAUUUUCAGCUGAUACUGUAUCGCAAGUACUAAAUGUUUGGAUGGGCUUCUGAGACAUUUCAUGAUAAAUAGAACAUACUGUGUGAUCCCUGCAAUGAAGCAUAUUUCAUGAAUGUCUUUUGAUGUAAACAAAGCUCUUGGCUCUGUUUUUUGAACGAUAGAUUCCCUAUCUCAGACAGACCCUGUAAGAAAUAUUUUAGAAUUUGGGGGUGAAAGGUAUGCCAGGUAACAAAAAAAAACAAAACACAUUUCUAGGGACAAUAAAGGUUAUAUUUAAAGAUAAUUAAUUAUAGAGGUGUUUAUCAAUGCACAGUGGCGGAGCUAUCCUAGAGAGGACUCUGGUACAACAAUUCCCCCUGCCUCAUAGCAAAGGUACAACUCCCUCAAUGUUUUGCAAACUGGGAAUCUACUAUUUGCCCAACCUUGCGGGGCUGUAUUUAGCAAUGAGCAUUGUUUUUGUGUUUGAAUGUCAGCAUGUUUUUGUAUGGAGUGUUUGUGUGUAGUGUUGACGUUUGAAAGCUGAAAUGUAUUCUCAUGUACAAAUACACUGCCACAGACACACAGAAACACACACUGAUACACAUGCAGAUACAUACACACAGGUACAAACUGACACACACAUACACAGACACCCAGGAACAUACACUGAUACACACGCAGAUACAGAUGCACAGGUACAAACAGACACCCAGAAACACACAAUGACACGCAUGCAGAUACACUGACAAAGAGAUACAGACACACAGCUACAAAUUCUGACACACAUGCAGAUACACAAACACUGAUACAUAAUGACACACAUGCAGAGCCUGUCACUUCUUACCAGCUGCGAGCACUGAACUGCACUGGAGGGAUAAUUGAAAGGAGGGGGGCACGAACAGCAGGACCAGACUCUGCUUUCCUAUAGCCUGAUCCAGAAGAAUGCAACAAUAAUAAGUAGCCAAAAAAAGUCUCAAUCUAAUUGAAAUCCUUCAGCUCCUUUUAUAAAUGGUUUAUAUUGAAAUUAUUGAAAAUAAUACCGAUUGUGAUUUAAAUCAUAACAUUUCUUGUGAGGAUGAGUAGUUCAGUUUGAACCAUGAAACGUUCAUCAUAUUGUGUUUUGCGUUUUUUUUUUUUAGGUGUACGGAAAGUGCAUCUGCAAGCACAAUACAUCUGGUCCGAAUUGUGAACGCUGUGCUCCUCUUUAUAAUGAUCAGCCAUGGCAACCAGCAAAUGGAAACACCGGGGCACCCAACAUGUGCAGAAGUAAGGAACCAUUACCAAAUAUGGUGAAAUUAUAAAAUCGAAUUCCGUAUAAGCAGCCUUUUCACCUGUGCAACAUGAGUCUGAAAGUAUUAAUGUGUCUUGCAGCCUUCAGCAGAAACCGUUUACAAAAUAUUUCAUAAAAAAUUUGAAUUUUCUGCCGUAGAAUGUAAAAAGAAUUGCAAACUGUUUUAGUUCCUCGAAUUGCCUUGAAGAGUUCUCAAAACAUUAUUAUUUUUAUUCCAUUUUUUUUUUUUUGCAAAAGACCCUAUGUACUUUCAUUAUUUAACUUGCACAAUUUCAUAAUGUAGCAUCAAUAUGUUUUUUGUUUUUGUCAUGGAACCUUCAAGAUGAGAUAUUUAUGGAAUACAUUGUUACCAUUUAACCUUGAGAAAUCCUCAUAAUAUGAGGCAUAUUUCAGAUUGCAUGACGGCCAAGAAUACUUGCUGUUGUGUUUAACAUACCCCUUAAAUUUGUUUUUAAAUAAAUCAAGAGACAUAAAAAAGUGUAGCAUUAACAUUUAAUAGCAAGUUUGUACUUGCGUCAGUUCUAUCUUGUAUGUACUUAGAACAUCGUUAUUUGCUACUUGCACCUGUCCUCCUCUUCUUAAGUGGCUGCUCAUUUUGAAUCACUUUAGAAUCUUUUGUUCUAUAGUAUAUUGUUUUUAAAAAUAGGAAGAGUUAGGGCGUUGGAGGCAUAAAACGUUUUGCCAUCACCCAAAAUGAUAUCAUUAUUAUAAAGACUUUUAAACAUCAACACAACCUAAAGAAGAUCUGUAUGCUUUUGGUCAGUUGUUCCUUACCUGAUUAUUAAGGGACCUAAUUUAUGUAAUGGCAUUAGUUUGACAAACCAUUAAUUAAAUGAAAACGGUCACUUCUCAGGACUUUUAAUAGUAUGGUUACUUACCUCUAUAUUUAGCAAAUGUGUAUUUUUGGGGAGUGAAAAAUAAAAGUAAAUGUAGAAAUCUAACACCUCUUUAUCCUGCACCUCGGCGUCUCCAUUUUAGCUCCAUGGCAGUCAUUGUGAUAACUUUUGUCCUUAUGGCAGUUAGCAAUGAGAGAGUCUACAGAAGAGGAGAAAUGAAGCAAUGUUUCCAUUUUUCCUCCUCGUUAGUAUUUUUUGCCCUAUCUUUGCCUUGUAUGAAUUGCAAUAUUAUGCAAUUUACAAAAUCUUUAAUACAAAUUUAAAAGAAAAUGUCUUGUGAAAAAUGACUUACACAAGUUUUAGGUGUUUUCAGUGUUUAUUGUGGGUAAUUGCCAGUGGCCCUAAAAUUAUUCUAUACCUCUUCCUACCAGUGGAGGACAUUGGAAUCCAUUUUUGAUUCCAACCUAAGAAUUCAGAACCAUCUGCCUUAGUGUUCUUCAUUGCCACGGUUUCUAUAAACUCUCUUACAGUGCAAAUCAUGAUUCUAAAUGUUCAAACCUUAACACAAAUAGUUACUUCAGUUUAAUAGAUCUGGGCCAUUGGUUAAAGCAACUAUUCAUAUCCUCACUUCAUUAACCAUUAUAUGGUUUUCGAGUUAUUCCGAACAUAUACAAUGUUAGUUAUGUAGUUGUAAGCAGUCCACAGAGCAGAUAAUGUUCAGGAUAACUGCUAUAAAAUAUGCAGACAGCAUGUUUUUUAGAAUAUAAUUUGUUAGAAUGUUUAAAAUAGUCUGAUAUAAGGUUUUAUUAGUUUUGCACAUCAUUUAGUUCUUUCGUUUUUGCCCAUUACCCCUUAUUUAGUAACCAGUGUUUAUAAUCUAGUACCACUGACUCUCUCCUUAAUUUGCCAUUUAACAGUAAAAUACACUGUCGCUACUAAAUUUUAGGUAUUGUGGUUCUAAACAGGUGUCUGAAAUACCAAGACCCAUUGACCUACAUAUGCAAAAAUAUCAUAAAGCAUAAAAACAUUGUAAGAGGACCACACUGUGAUAAUUCCAAUAGAUCUGUGUCAUUUGCAAACUACAAUUUCUAAAAAGUAUUACUAGAAUUAAUUAUUGAAUUUUAUUUUCACAUUUACAAUAUGUAUUGAACAUGGCUCUUGUUACCCCGAGAUAUCUGCAAUGAGGAGUAGUACACUAUAGCAAAACCUAGCACAAGUUUCUUAAAACAUGUUCCCUUUUGUAUGAUACAUUGGUAGUUUAUAAUAUGGGCCGUGGUUGUUACACAACAUGUACAUGUAUUUUACAUUGUAUUGGUGUUUGCAAUGGGAUUACCAGUUUCUCAUGCAAGGAAUAUUGCUUGUCUGUAACCACAUUGGAGAAGAACAUCGGAGGAUUGUAUAGUUUGUUUUUAUCUUGCUAGUAAUCAAAUGCUUUGUUAUGCUUUUCAGAGUGUAAAUGUAAUGAUCACGCGGACAGCUGUCACUUUAGCCUGGAUGUAUGGAUCUCUUCAGGGAACCGGAGUGGAGGGGUGUGUGACAAUUGUCAACACAACACAGAAGGGAUCCACUGUCAGAAUUGCAAGCCAGGCUUCUUCCGAGAUUUGAAAAUUCCCUUCUCUGCACCUGACGCCUGUAAAGGUACGGCUAGCGACGCUACAGUUUUUUUUCUUCAAUUUCUUUGAAAUAUAUAAGAAAUGUAGAAAAAUAAGUUGAAGAUCUUUCAAAAUAUAAAAUAAAAUAAAAAUCCACUGUGAAACUCAACGUACCUGUAAUUGGUAAUCAAAGUGGACUAUAUUUCUCUGAUCAAAACAACACAUGUAUAUUACAUGUUUAUUUUACAUAGCCUUUGGACCUAAAUGUGGGCUUUUGAGCCGCUUAAUAAACUUUAGGACUCCUCCCAUUAUAUGGUAUAUAUAGUGAUUCCUUUAAAUAAUUAUUCAGGGUAAGCAAAAACAUAAAGCAUGCUCUCUCCCCUGUGCACCUCCAUCCUGGUAGGUGGGCAAAGAAGAAGAUUGACAAUUAUAAAGCAGUAGUUUUAACCCCUAAAAGGACCACUAUAGUGCCAGGAAAACAUACUCGUUUUCCUGGCACUAUAGUGCCCUGAGGGUGCCCCCACCCUCAGGGACCCCCUCCCGCCCGGCUCUGGAAAGGGGAAAGGGGUAAAAACUUACCUUUUUCCAGCGCUGGGCGGAGAGCUCUCCUCCUCCUCUCCGCCUCCGAUCCUCCCCGCCGGCUGAAUGCGCACGCGCGGCAAGAGCUGCGCACGCAUUCAGCCCGUCGCAUAGGAAAGCAUUUACAAUGCUUUCCUAUGGACGCUUGCGUGCUCUCACUGUGAAAAUCACAGUGAGAAGCACGCAAGCGCCUCUGUCAAUGAGACAGCCACUAGAGGAUUAGGGGGAAGGCUUAACCCAUUCAUAAUUAUAGCAGUUUCUCUGAAACUGCUAUAAUUAUGAAAAAAUGGGUUAACCCUAGCUGGACCUGGCACCAAGACCACUUCAUUAAGCUGAAGUGGUCUGGGUGCCUAGAGUGGUCCUUUAAGGACCAAACUUCUGGAAUAAAAGGGAAUCAUGACAUGUCACACAUGUCAUGUGUCCUUAAGGGGUUAAACUCUUGCAUCCAAAAAUGGACCUCUUGCAAUUUCAGGGCUUGCUGUUGGUUGGAACAGAUACAGCAUAUUGAUUAGAGUCCAUUUAACAGAUCACGAUACAGUAUCUGUUGUAGCAGCACUGCAUUUAACCGUGCAGAUUUAGCCUUAUCAGAAAGAUUAUAAUAAAAGUGUUUUGUAGAAUUUACUUUGGAAUGUAUUGCAACUGAAAGAUGAGAAGCCAUGCAAACUCCACGUAUGUAGUUUGGAACCCACAAAAAAAAAAGAAGACAAAAAAGGGGGUUAAGAACCUCUUGUUUAUUAUGUACUGUAUCGCUGUAAUAUCACACGUUCGUGACACUGAGAAUGGCAGAUUUCUUAAGUUAUGUGCAGUUUCUGAAGAAUCAGAUUUAGAGGAGACAGAAAAGUCAGAGAAAUGUUGCAUGUGUUUUUCUAUGAAUCUGUUGCGUCUUGCUUUAUCACCUUUCUUUUACAUAACACUCCAAUCCACUGAAGUAUAUGAUUAUGUUGUACUGGCUUCAUUACGCCAAGAAUGUGCUUGCUAACGAACCGUACAGUAAACAUGUCAUCUGUUAAAUUGAUGAGUGAGGUGUGCAUAUAUGUGGGAGCCAUGCCAUAAAUUGAUAUGAUGUAUUAUUACGCUGCUAUGUAAUAUGCAUCCUUAUGUUUAAUAGGAGAAUAGUCAUUCUAGAGAGAAGUUGUUGGGCAAUCUAGGAGGGUGUUUACAUUACUUUCCUCUGGAGUAUUUAUUUAUUAUAAUUAAGCCCCAUGUAUUUACAAAUUAUAAUUUAUUACGAUAUAAAAUGCUUUUGCCAAAAAUGAGCAGCACAAAUGCAUGUAUUAAGUCAAUACAUUUAACUAGGAAUUAGGUUAUUAUGGGGUCUGUAUGUCCUGGGUGCCAUUUUAACAUAUAGGAUUAAACCAUUUUUGAAUGGUUUACCCCUAAACUAUCUUCUCAUCUCCUGUCUGUUCGGCCCUUCUGCCUCCUCUCGCAGAUUAUCGCAAAACACUUUUUAGCUGUAGGAUCAUGGGGUAUAGGAGGGGGUAGUUCUACAGCACUGGGUGAUCUACAUUUCAUGUUAUACAAAUAAAGUACACAUAGUUUCAGAUAGAGAAACACAUAAGGGUUAUUCACUUAUGAUCAAUGUGGAAUUGAUAGUGAAUUCAAAGAUAAUUCAAUAAGCUGAAGUGGUCUAGGUGCCUAUAGUGUCCCUUUAACCCUGUUUCCUGAGUGUUUAGGCUAUUAUAAUGCAAAACAUUUUUUUACAAAUCGUGUAGAUGUAUUACAUAACGGAAUAUUACAUUUUUAGAUUUUACAAGAUUCUAAUAUUCCAUUGAUUCAAAUUUUCCCAAGGUUAUUAGUGUUGUCACCAUGUUUCACAGAAGCACACGUCAUUCAGUACAAUUAAACAGACAGAACCAAAACACAGCCUGUUUAAUUUACACCCACAUAGCGGACUUCCUCUCCAUUUCUGGAUAUUAUUAUUCUAUCGAAGCUGUCACAACAUUGAUCCUAGAUGAGUAUGAAAUGUAUGAAAAUUAAUGAAACAACUUGUUAUCACAUACGGUAUGUAAAGGCAAGAGCCGUCAAGCAAUACACGUGCUAAUAAUUAUCACAAUGCGGCAGUUGGUUAUACAAAACCUAUAAUAUAAAUAUUACUCACUGACGGUAAUUGGGGGAAAAAACUCAAUUUUGCCCGUGUCUAUGUAGAAGAGUCUGAUUUAAUGGAGGCUAUACAGAAGUGGAAAGUUACAUAUAAGAGCUAUUAAUAGAUAGAAAAUCUAUUUGUCUGAUAAAACAAUUCCUGCUUUAAUAGUCUACAUUCCCUUAUUUUCAUCUCUGUAUCACAUUGUGAAGGUCUGUGAGAGGACAGAGAUAAAUGUAAGAAGUUAUCUUGCAGAUAAACACAUGCUGGUUAUUUGCUUCAUCGGCAUGUUGAUCUCUUGGACUAAAUGGGGUCACCAGGACAUCACUCACAAAAAUGUUUUCAAUACCUUUCUGAUGACAGUUUAACCUGUGGCACACAUUUCAUUUGUAUUCCAAUUAACAAUAAAAAUAAUACAGAGCUCACAGCAGCUGGUUCUGAAUUAAGGACAUUGUCUGCCAAUACAACAGUUUCAAAAUUAAUAUCAUCUUCUAGCAAAUUUCUUAAAAUUUUUGUUUUGUUCUUUAUUUGCCCAUUAGGGCAUUGAAAUAUGCACUACUUACAAAGGGAACCAGAUCUCCUUUCACAUCAACAGUGAAAAGAUUAAUAAAUGUCUAUGCAUUUUGUGAAGGCUACACUUUAUUAGGACCAUAAAUGCAUUGUUAUGAGAAUUCAAAAAGGAAGGUUACUUUUCUUUGAUCGCUAUAUCUUUAAUUUGUAUCUUUAAGUCAUUAAUCAAAAGAAACUUAUUGAGUUAGGAUGGGGUUUACUUUUCUACAGUGUUAAAUUUGAUUCUAAUCUAUACCGACCAAUGCUGAAAUGGCUAUUUUUGUUUGGAGAGCCAUUUUUAAGCUUUGAUCUCUAUAGGUGGCCCCAAAGUUCGCAACCAGUCAUUGAUCAUCUUUAGCCGCCCCAGCCCAUGAGUUAAAUAACUAUUGGAUAACAAAUGCAGCAAUAGAUACCCAGUGAUGACCUACAUCUUUGUAGAAACUUAUAGAGUUAUAAGCAGAAUUUUUCCUUUAUAAAAGCAAAGUGUGUGGGGCCUUUUAGGACCAGUGGAGUUAACAGAAUAAUCUAUUGUGGUCAUCACCAGCAGCUACAAUUAUCAGUUUUUCUGCUAGAUAUCAUAUUACCUACCUAUGCUUAGAAACAGAUGAAGCCAAAGAUCAGUUUAGACUUAGAGGGACACUAUAGUCACCAGAACUACAGCUUAUUGCAUUUGUUCUGUUGAGUAGAAUCAUUACCUUCAGGCUUUUUGCUGUAAAUACUGUCUUUUCAGAGAAAAUGCAAUGUUUACAUUACAGCCUAGUGAUCACUUCACUGGCCACUCCUCAGAUGGCUGCUAGAGUUGCUUCCUUAAAGGACCACUAUAAUGCCAAGAAAACAUACUCGUUUUCCUGGCACUAUAGUGCCCUGAGGGUGCCCCCACCCUCAGGGUCCCCCUCCCGCCGGGCUCUGGGGAGAGGAAAGGGGUUAAAACUUACCUUUCACCAGCGCCGGGCGGGGAGCUCUCCGCCUCCGAUCCUCCUCCUCUCCUCCCUUUCGGCUGAGUGCGCACGCGCGGCAAGAGCUGCGCGUGCAUUCAGCCGGUCUCAUAGGAAAGCAUUUACAAUGCUUUCCUAUGGACGCUUGCGUGUUCUCACUGUGGUUUUCACAGUGAGAAUCACGCAUGCGCCUCUAGCGGCUGUCAAUGAGACAGCCACUAGAGGAUUUGAGGGCUGGAUUAACCCAUUUAUAAACAUAGCAGUUUCUCUGAAACUGCAAUGUUUAUAAAAAAAAUGGGUUAACCCUAGCUGGACCUGGCACCCAGACCACUUCAUUAAGCUGAAGUGGUCUGGGUGCCUAGAGUGGUCCUUUAAGCUGUCUUGCCUAGUGUGCAUCACAACAUAUCAGUGACUCCAGCCUCUGAAUGCAGACACUGAACUUUCAUUAUAGAGUUACAUUGGUUCAAUUAAACUCUAUGAGGAGAUGCUGAUUGGCCAGGGCUGUGUUUGACUUGUGUUGCCUCUGCUGUUGUUCUGCCUUCUUCACAGUCUCAGCCAAUCCUGAUUUGGCUCCGAAUAACACUUCUGAUGAUGUCAGCAGACAGCUUGCAGGUCUGAGGCAGACAGGGGCAGAGCCAGCAGCUUCAGGCUUAAAUACAAGUAAGAUUGUACUAUAUUUAGGGAGGCAAGAAAGGGCUGGUAGAUGGUUGUUUUAACACUAUAGGGUUAGAAAUAUGUUUGUGUUCUUGACCCUAUAGUGCUCCUUUAAUUUCAUGCAUGGAAUGCCCAGAAUAUAUUUGACCACUAUCUUGUCAAAAUGAAACAUUGUUUGUAUUUAAACGUAUAAAGUAGCUUCCCAAAGGUUCCACAUCUCAAUAUUGGCAAAUAAUUAAUUUUAAAUAAAAAGAACCAUGCAAUUGUAUAAAGGUUGAAUGCUACACAAUAUAGCAGUUUUUGUAGAUUGAUAUGAACAAGUAAACUUAAAAUACAUCACAACAAUCCUCUAACCAACAGAGGAACUCCUAAAUGCUGUAGUGGGUAUUGUGUCUAUAGUAUCCCUUUUAACACUAAAGAACAUAGCAUAGUGUAGAUGAAAUGUCUAUUUUGAAUAUGUAUGUGUCCGACUGGUAAAGUCAGGUGGAUGCAAAUAGCAAUUCAAUACAAACAAUCAAUACAAUCAUAAAUUAAUAAUAAUGUCAGAAUUGUCAUUCAGCCCCUCUCCCCUCUAAAAUAAAAUAAAUAAAACAUCUUCAUGAUGUUCAAAUGCAGGUGUUGUGUUUCUGGGCAAUCAUUUCAUGAACUUGCUAGAGCAGAUUAGGACUGAAGUGCACAGGUAUGUACUACAUCUUUUACAGUGACGUGAUAACAAACAGCAUUUUUGACUUAUUCCAAACUUGAAAACUAUUAAAGGCUAAUCAAAGUGCUGGGGUCCUUGCAAGCAAAUGUGAAUUAUGUGCAGAUGUUAAAGGAACGCUAUAGUGUUAUGAAUAUAAACAUAUUUAAAUUUCGACCUGUUCCGCUCACUCCCCCCAUGUUAUCCUGUACAAAAUUGAAGAAAAAAGAUUUUACUUUUUUCCCAGAGCCAAGAUUCAGUCUGUGAUGUCAUUUGCUCCUCCUAAUGCUAUGUCAUCCUGGAGGCGUCACUGCCUUGAUAAUUGUCCAAUCCAGUGCCCGUCCAGUGGGGAUGAGAUUCGAGCGCCCAUGAGCUGCUGUCUGUGAUGACGUUGAACAUCACAUGACCAAGGGAAACUUGGUUGUUGCAGUGUCAGGAAGAUGGCCACUAGAAGUGUGUUUAACCAUGCUAUGUAAACAAAAACAUAUUUCUACAAAACUACAAUGUUCUACGUUGCAGUGUUAAAACUACAGGACUACUGCAUCCAGACACUUCAUUGAGAUGACGUGGUCUGGGUGACUUUAGUGGCCCUUUAAACUCAGGUGUGAACCAUGUAAAUCCAUCAUUAAAAUAGAGUGGUUGUCACUGCACCUGAUGGUAUCUUUAGUGCUUUAAUUGCCUCAUUAAUGAUAGUACAUGAAAACAAGCCCAUAGUUAAGUGCAAAAAAAACCAAGGCAUGUUGGCUACAGCUCUUUAAAGGGCAGGCUUAAUAUGAAAAAAUACUGCUGCGCAUUGCGUGCAUAUCUCAAGUUGGACUUUGAGAAGAUGCCCUUGGGAAGAAACUUGAGAAAUCAGAGUUCAGAGCUUGACAUGCAAAUGAGCACAGGCAGGGAUAAUAAAUGUAAUAUGCAAAUGGUUAAUUUAAUUUAAAUUUUAUAAGCCAUCACAGCAAACAACUAAUGCUGACUUACCUGACCUGUUCAGCACUUGCAUGAAGAUAUCACUGAACGUUUCCUAGAUAUUAAGACACUCAAAACCCCUUAGUGCAAAUCCAGAGCAUCAAGUCAUCUCUCUGAAUGUUAGCAAUCGGCAAAAUUGCAUUCAAAAUUUUUUCCACAUUGAUCUAGUUUUGUUUUUUUCUUGCUCGAAUUUGGCAAUUGUUUUUCUGCCUGGAGACAUUGAUGAAUGUCACACACAACACACAUAAAAACUAAAUUAUGCAUUAAGAAAAUGUAGCUGCUUAAUGUAAUGCUUUAACCAAGCUGUGUUUUAUGCAUCUGUUAUGCCUUUCCUUUGUGUUGUUGCACCAGUUUUAUACCUGAAUCUCCGUGGCGUUCUAGAACUAUAGAAUUUCACGAUAAACCAUUAAAUGGUAGUAAUGUACAGCCUUACCCAUUUGUGCGUUGACAAGCUUACAAUGUAUUGCUCCAUUUACAUGAACUUUGACAUGUCCUUUCCUCUCAGUAAUUUGUCCUCCCAUCUAAACAUUUUCUGAAUUCCAGCAAAUAUUUAGCAAAAUAACAUGCACCCACUGGAGACUUCUUAACUGAAAUUAUAUCUUUAAAGAGAACCUGUAGUUCCUUUGAUUAUUUUAAGACUAUAGGUUCCUUUUUAUUGAUGUGAUUACUGACCUCCAAUCUUUGCUCUGUAAAAUGUAAAAUUAAAUAAAGCUUACUUACCUCAUUUGCAGCACAGACACUCCUCCGCUGCAGCCUCUAGCUCUGACUCUGCCGUCAGCAUCUGACGUUACCCAUCUCUAGUAAAGGUAAAAGGAACACUAUAACUUUAGGAAUACAAAAGUGUGUUCCUAACACUAAUAUAUCCCUCUGGCUCCCCCCACCCCUUCCCCCACGCACACACACUGUAAGGGUUAAAAAACCCUUGUUGUACUUAUCCAGUUCCAGCACCGAUGUCCACCUCCUCCAACGUCGCCAAUGUGGGGGGCUAAUGCACAUGCGCGGCGAGCAUAUUGCUUCAAUGCUUUACUGUGGGUAUUUAACUGACACUGGGUGUCCUCAUGCAGGUGACCAAAAGACGACUGACAGCCACUAGAGGCAGUCUUAAACCUGUAAUGUAAUUAUUGCAGUUUCUCGGAAACUGCAAUAAUUAACAUUACAGGGUUAAGAGGACAGGGGCAUUGCACCCAGACCACUCAAUUGAGACUUUAGUGGUGCUUUAAUAAAAGUCUGGUAGAUUGAUAUGAUGACAUUUUGUAAUUUGCGUACAUUGUAAGCAAAGAAAAAAUGUAAACCUGGGUUUGUGACUCUUUAUGUACUGUAAUAGCACUUGAGCAUAAAAAUGCUUAUUUUAUUUCUGAAACAUAGUCCAUUACAUACGUAGCUAUCAUUAAAAACCUGUCCAACCAUUCUCACUGAAACAAAAAGUGUCCGUCUUCAGAUACAUGAAAAGAUGGAAUGUUUACAGAACUGCCAUGUCUUGGUGAGUUGCCAAAUAGUAAGACAGGAGAAAUGGCACAAGGGAGGGGGAGGUGUUUGUAGUUUGGUAUUAAAUCUGCAUUAAUUAAUGGUCUCUAUAAGGUUUGGAGGACUCAAUCGCCUUCAGUACAAGUCUAUACUAAAAAUAUAUAUUCUAUUUUUUCAGUUAAUUGUCCUGAUAGUAGCUUUAUGAUAAUUCAUAGCUCAGUUAGACAUUAUGGUGUCCUAAAAAAAGAUUAUCUGCAAAACAAGUAAAAGUUGUUUGUGUUUCUUUGCUCUUUUUGGAGAAAGGAUUCCUAAAUACUAAACAAGUACUACUCUAGAUUCAACAACAUUCCAAGCACUUUGUUGAUGGAGAACAUUCCCCCAAAAUAAAUAAAUAAACAAAAUGAUUUUUUCACCAUAAAGACGGGAGGUUAUGGGAAAGGAUAGGUCAGUAAUCAGAGAGAAUGUUUCUUGUGUUGUGUAUUUGUGCCUAUGGAAACCUGACAUUUUGAUAAAUGACACCCUUGUGACUUUAGGUAUUGAGUAGAAAGACCCUUGCUGUAACAUGAAAAAAAAAAUAAGUGUUGUAAGGGUAAUGGGUUAAUCUUUAAAUAAUAGAAACGUCCGUGACAUUCAGGGUUUUUUUUCGCUGAAAAGUGAUUUCUGCUAAAUUUGUAAUAGAAUUAACAAUGGGCUUGCCUAAUUAUAUUUUGCAAGUGCACUGUAUGUUAACCACAAUUCUCAAUUUCGUGAAUACAAUGAUUGGUGAAUGGUGAUUACUACAGUUUUCUGUUUGUAUCAGCAAUAGAUAUAUAAUGUUAACGUGAACCUGUUGUGUGUUCUGUUUUUUGGGUUACUUAAAUCAGCCCCAAAUACAUUGAAUACCUAUGCAUCACAGUUAUCUACAAUGUAUUCAUUUUAUAAUUUUCAGAGGUCACUCACCAUACCCCCGAUCAUCCAGGACCACCCUUUAUUCAGCUUUGUGAGUGUUAAAUUUCUGUAACAGUCCUCUCCGGUCGGUCUUUUGUUCCUCCCAGUCUCUUCUUUAAUUUACCUUGCUUGAGGAUGCCCACACGCUGAGUUUGUUGCCAGCAUGUUGGCUUCUGGUCAUUCCUUUACUAUACUCCCUAGCCAGGGCUAGUAGCAUCAGCUGGGGAGUUACCAUAGGAACCUCACACGCAUGUGCUGUAGGAUAUCUUUUCUGCUUUCCCCUGUCAGUCAAUUCUUCAACAAUAAUUGACUGACAGGUGGAAGAAACACCAAUUUUAGUUCCCCCCCCCAUCCCCCAAUCUAUACAUUUUGUAGGAGAUUUGUUAGCAAAUGUAUAGACAAAAUGUAAUGCUCUUUAAAUUGUACAGAAGUUGUAGGUACCAUGAAAAAAAACAUUACUUCCUGUGUGUUUUUUUAUUUUAGUUUUGCACGGACACCAAUAUGUUGGAUAAAAUGCUGUCAACAGCUUUUAAUAUAAUAUAAUAUAUCAAUUUGAAUACAAAAAGUCAUUGUCAAACAAACAUUGACACAGUAUAUAAAUAACCCCCUACAACAUUACAAUGACCCCACAAUUAACGACACCAUAACAAUAUAAGAACAUAAAUAACAUCAUGAAACAUAAUUAAGUGCAGACAACUUGCCCAAAUGAUCCAAUGUGGGGGUAUGCCAAGAUAUUCCUAUACCCCCAGGUUCUGAGUCACAGGCCAGCUCAAAACCUACCAUACCAACUUGCCCAAAUAAACCAGUGUCAGCACUUAAGUAGAUAAACUCAUGAUUUGGUAGAUAAACCCACGCUUGCACAAUGAGGGUUAUCCAAAAUUUUAUUCGAAAAUAAAAGCAUGUGUGUUAAAACAUAUACUGUAAAAAUAUAUAAACCAUUCGGUAUAAUGUUCAAGAGUCCUGGGGUAGUCUGUGUGGGGGCAUUUUACCAAAUGCUGAAAUCCAUGUCCCUUGGAUGCAGUACGUGAAAGUGUAUCCAAAUACCUUAAAGGAUACAAUAGAAUCCAAAUAGUGUAACACUGUAUUUAUUGGAAAACCCCUCUCCACUAAAUAGAACUCUUACAUUAAAAAAUUGUUGCACUCGUUUCCAAGAAACCAAAAAAAAAAGCAUUGGUGUACAGUAGUUCGGCAACUUUACUGCUCUGUCCUCUUAUUGCACGGGGCUGCUCACUCAAGCUCAAGUUUAGUAAUCCCCACCCGGGACAAUGCCUCCUCUGCCAGGCUUUUAUAUCAUACCCCCAGCUUCUGCACCACAGGCCAGCUCAAAACCUACCAUACCAACUUGCUCGAAUAAACCAAUGUAGGGGUAUACUAAGGUACCCCUACAUCCACCCACAGGUUCUGAGCCACAAUGUAGGUAUACCGAGAUACCCCUACACCUAAAGGUUCUGAGCCACAGGCCAGCUCAAAACCUACCAUACCAACUUUUAAACCACAUACAAAGUUUUAAAACACAUAAUUAAAUACCUAAUAACAACUCCCACCCUCCCCCCAGCCCCCACCGCUGUGACCAGAUGGAGGAUAACUCCAAACUAAACACAAAAUCAGGGUGGCGGGACAACAGCCAAAUCUGUGAGAAAAUGUAUCAGCCUAUCUAUCCCAGAUAACUAUCCAAUCCAAGUAUGCUAACUAUGAAUGCCCACCUCCUAGCUCUGUCAAGGCCCUAUUCCACUAAGCUGUGCUGCUCCAUGCGCUACAGGUGGCAUGAUGUAGUUUUAGGUUUUAAUUAUUUUGAGUUAAAGUUCUAUUUACCUUUUUCUAUUACCAAACAUUACAAGCUUUUUGAAAAAUAGGGAUACCAGGUAGGGAAAAGGACAAGGGGGUGUUGGGUCCAAAGACCAAUGUAUACAUUGCUGACAACUAAAUAUGCUGUUAAGUGCAUAUGUCCUAUUAUGCAGCCCUCUCAGUCCUGUUUGUCAUUUGACUGUGAUUUUUCUCCUUGCCUUGCUACAAAUUAGAAUGCAUUAUGGGUAAAUAAAAAGUCAUUUGUGAAAGCUGUGUUUGUGUAACCGCAAUCCCAUAGUUUGCAGGCAGGUAGACAGAAUGAGCCUAAGUGUGCACUACCCAGUCCAAUUUCAGCCAGUGGCCAGGAGCCAAAAACAGAGCUAGUGGGUGGUGAUUUUAUCUUGUUGUUAUAGGAUUUUUUAUUAGCUGCUGAAAGUGCCGCUGCUUCAUUUUCCUUGCUAUUGCCAAAACUGCUGUGGCAGGAGCCAAAAAAUUAUAUAGCGGUUAAACGCGGCCUGCUAUGAAGAGAUUUUGUAAAUCAAUAAACUCAUGAAUCAUACUGCACAUUUACAAAGUUCUGAAUGGCAAAAAUGAAGUGUUCCUUUCUGAGAAACUUGUUUAAUGUCUGCUGCGUAUAAUCCUCUCUAUUAAUUGUGCAUUUGAUUAGAAUAAAAAAUAAUUUAAAUCAAAUGAAAUUUGAAAAACGACAACCCAAACCCUGUUUACGGUGUGUGUGUGUGUGUGUGUGUGUGUGUGUGUGUGUAUAUAUAUAUAUAUAUAAUUAUUAUUAAAAAAAAUUUAAACAUAUAUUCAUCUUUUCCCAGAGCAAUGUAUCCAUCAGCACUGCUCACCUCUCCACAUCCUUUGACGUAAUUCAGGAGGCAUGGCCUCCUCCGGCAAUGUUCCAAUCCAAUGCUCCUGUCAGAGGGAUGUGAUGCGCAUGCACAGUGAGUGCCGAGCGCACAUCCAUUGUCUCUCAUGGAAAAGCAUUGAAUUGCUUCCGCAUCACGUUGGCUGAGUUUUAUUCUGUCAGUACUUCGGAAGCGCCUCUAGUGGCUGUCAGAAAGACGGGAAAUAGAGGUGGGUUUUAAAAACAAAGCAAAAAAAACAGCAUUGUUUUACAUUGCAGGCAGGGGCAUAACUAGGAAUCGGUGCAAGAAUCAUAGAAAGAGCCCCCUUUAUGCUCUCACUUAUGCACAUACACUGUCAUACACACACUGACAGACACACAGUUUUUGGAACACACACUGUUUAAUCAAUACACUCUUUCAUUGAUAGACACACACUGACAGACACUCCCUGACACAGACACACACUCUCUGAUACGCAUACACUGACACACACACUAAUACAUACACAUUUUUACUGUUUUGACACACUGACAGACACACACUUUGACUUGACAGACACACAGUCUUUGGUACACACACUGUUUAACCAAUACACACUUUCAUUGAUAGACAUACAUUGAGAUACUCCCUGACAUAGACACACUUACAGGUACACAUACAUUGAUGCUCACCCACUGAUAGACAUACAUUUUCACACUCACAAAUUAGUUUUAUUUAUAGUUUUUGUUGAUCCUCUCCUUGGCAUCUAUUAGGGCUAUAGUUAGCUUUAUGAUCUUUCAGCUCUGCUCCCUUGUGCACCGUUUAGUGAUGCCAGGACAGGACUAUCCCUGCUCCCGACGACAUUGCAGUGAUAUGAGGGAGCAGUGCUGGAAGAGCACAAAAGGCCCCCUCUGGACACGGUAUAUUUAGUCAGAGUAGGCCUACCAUCCGGAUAAGCAGGUGCCUAUUGUGUCUUUGUGGAAAUCUGCAAACCUUGGGGAAGCCCCAAGGAGGCCACACAGCCAUCUCAUGGGUCCUCUCUGACAGGUAGAACACAAAGGACCUGUCACACUCGCGACCUUAGCGAGCCCUCUAGUUCCACCACUGAUCGUAGAGUUAAAAGGACAGGACCACUGUGCCCAGACCACCUCACUGAGAUUAAGUGGUUUUUGUGACUACAGCGAUCCUUUAAAGAAUAUUCAGGUAUUCACUGCCUAUAUUUUAUCUACUGCUAUACCUGGAAACAGUGUUUGAUUUACUGCAUGUAGUCUGAAUAGGCUGCAUAUAUUUAGAAUAAUGUAUUUUACAGCAAAAUGCUAUAUAUAUAUGUUAUCCGUGAUCUAAAUUCCAGUAAAAUAUUGGAUAAGAAAGAAUAACGGUUUGCAAACUAGAAAUUUAAGCAAGAAGGAUGGAGAUUGUUUCAUAAUCAUUGAUAUUCAUUCUGACAUACAGACCAGAUGAAGCCAAAUUAUUCACUUGUGAGUCUCCAAUUAUUUGUAGAGCAAAUGUGAGUCACGAAACUGUUUUAGGGACAGGGCCAAUUCUUCAUAUUUUAUAGAAUCUGCUUGUGGGGGGAAAAAAAUUAAAAAGUAUGAAACUCUUUAUAAAGAUUGUUUUUUGGAUGGAAAAUGAGUAGUUCUUAUAGUCUCCAUUUAACAUAUGUCACAGCAUAUUAGUUUAGUUACUCUGUCUUUUUGUUUUCAAGAUGUGUAUCUCUGACAAGGAAUGUUCCAUUCUUGUCCUGUUUUGUACAUUAAAUCCUAUGCUACAGAAUGCAUUUGACAAGUAUUCUGUGAGACUAAACAAGCAUAACUCAAAUAAACACGUGUGAUCUCACUCUGCAUGCAAGCCCUUAAGUGAACCUAACUUCACGUCUUCUUGGUUAGUGGUAUAUGAUGAUUGGCCUCUUGUGUGACACUGGAAUGUAUCGUAGAUAUAGUUUCAUGACCUAAAAGAGGCUGGUAAGGGUAACUCAUUGCCAUUUUUACUGGGUGACUAUGCCACAGUUUAUCUAAAUGACUGUUAUUACCAUAUACCGAACAGCCUCAAAAUUCAGAACGAUUAGUUUACUGAUCCAGAAUAUUUUCAAAAUUUUGGUCAGAAUUGCAACAACAUGUUUAAAGACAUCAUUAUCAAAAAUUCACCAGCCAUGGGUUGUGCUGGCAGUGGCACCAAAUUGUGACCCAGGGAGCAUCUGGAUCUCUACAAUAACCCUGUGUUCCGUGAUAUUGUAUUUAUUACGACCAUGCAGGACAAUCAUCAACCCUCCCUUGACAUGGCUGUACUCACAGACUUGGUACUUAGAAGAUAGUAUUUAGUAUAUACCAAAUAUUAUCCCUGUCCAGAUAUAAUAACUUGUCAGUCCAAAUGACUUUUUCCUCUGUUGAUUGAGUGUCUAGGUUUUGGGAUUUAAAAUGUUUUGUUUUAUUUUAUUUAUUUAUUUAUUAUUUAUUUUUUUCAUACUGGGUUAUGCAUACUUGUGCAUUGAUCAUGGAUAAUUUUAUCACCAGUGCUUAUUGAAUGGCAGUGUGUUAUAAAUUCAAGCUUUGUGACUUUCCUGAUGUAUAGAUUUUGUUGUAACGAAGUCAUUGUAACUAUAAUUGAAUUCUGUAUAGUUUUUGAGGCUGUUUAUUUGAAGAAUUUUGCAGCAAUCCGUGUGAAGUGUCCAUCACUGUCAGGAAAACUUCAACUUUCCUGUACUUGUUGUUACUCUCUGUUGAUAUAAUUUGUCCUUGCAUGGCAUAUGUUGUAAUAAUUUAUAUUUUAUUGUGUAGUUGUUGUAUAGACAAUACAAAGUCAUAUGAAAGCAGAGAAACAAACAACUGCACAUCUUGGUACAAAGAGGCAUAAUAAACACAUCAUAAUGUCUAAACAAAAUGACUAACAGUCUACAAAGUAAAAUCUGCUUGUAUGUUGUGUACAUUACUAUGCCAUUAAACGAUUGAAAACAUAUGCGUAAACACAUUAAUUAGAUCAAGGCGUAUUCCCUAUAGCAAUAUGCUGAAGGAAGAAAUAACCGCAGGCUUAUUCAGCUAUGAGACAAAACGCACUUUACUGGAUGAACAUUAUCUAAGAUUGGCUGUGAAAGUCCUCAAAGCCCCUUGCUAUUUUUCAGACAAACAGGUGUCCCUUCCUCAGACUAUAUGCUUUGACACUUCAUUUGCUUCCCAAUGGUGGUCGGGACAGUCCAGAAAUCCAUAAAGCCGCAGAUGACAACAUUUGCAUUAAAAAACUGUAACGUGAGUAACCACUCUCAACCCAUAGCUGUAAGGAAAAGUUCUCUGGAGAACCCAACCGGAACCUUUGUCGGGGUUAUCAGAUGGGUACUAUGGGCUGUCCUAGGACAAAUUCGAUCUAAGAGUGGUUUCUGCAAAAUUCACAUGCCAAAAUCCAUGUUCCAAUGGGUCCCCUACACAUUUUUUAUACACCUAUGCAUUGUGUUCCAAAAAGGUAAAUUGUAAGCAUGACAUACUUACAUCAAACGUUUGUCAGACGAUGCUUGAUUUAAAUACAUACAUUGUAUGAUAUUCACAGGACCUUCCUGGGAUUCUAAAAUGUUGAGUGCAUGUAGGUCUACUUUCAGUACAGACUUGCAAAUACAGGAUGUUCAUAUGUAAUAUUGUUAAUUGCUUUUAUUGUACACUACAGUUAUUUACUUUUUGAAAAAUCAUAUUUACAAGGAUACAACAUAUAGAAGUGUGUGUGUGUAUGUGCUACAGUUGCUGUUUUCAAUGUCAAUAAACCCACGACAGCCAAAGACAGGUCCAUCAUGCCAUGUAACCUUCUUCUGCCCUUGGUGAUCUAGAAAACUGGAAAUACAUGGAUUCAUUUCUAAGAGUAACCCUUCUAAUAAAUGUCUCUUUUGAUUAUGUCUUUAGCAUGUUCAUGUCACCCAGUUGGAUCUGCAGUGCUUCCAUCUAGUGCGUACACAUACUGUGACCCCAACAACGGCGAUUGCCCAUGUAAACCAGGGGUAGCUGGCCCACACUGUGAUCGGUGCAUGGUUGGAUACUGGGGUUUUGGAGAAUAUGGCUGUAGGCCUUGCGACUGUGCUGGAAGCUGUGAUUCCCUUACUGGCGAUUGCAUCACUAAGUGAGUAUCGUGCUUUAAUCAAACAAAACCCGUUACUUAUUUUUACUAGAUUAUACUAAUGAUUUUGCUAAUUUAUGUACAUUUAAUAUUAAUUUUAUGUACGUAUUUACGAUUUUAUGCAAGAUUAUUUUAUGCCCACUAAAUGUAAUAAUAUAAACUUGAUGAUUUGGAUGUAAUUCUUAUUUGUUGAAUGUUUGACACCGUGCUGAGUUUACAGAAUAUCAUGGCUCGGCCACUUAGCAUAAAGGUUGAGCAUAGGUGCCGGGUAUUCUGAGUAUUCCAAGUUGUCUAGUUUGGGCAAGGAAUAUGUAUCCAUGCAUUGUGUGUGUUCUGUAUGGAACACAUAACUCAAACUAACCACAUGUAAGCAUAGAUAAGAUAGUGAACUGUAUCAAUACCGUGGCCUGAUAAAGGAAACCUAUGGAAAACUUAUGCCGUGAUUGCAUGUUAUACCCCUUGCCAGGCACCACAGAAUCGACAAAUAGGAUGCUGAUGGUAGCUGAUUUCUGUGAUGUGCAGGAACACUGAAUUAAGGUUAUUACACAUUGAAGGUGUUUUUAGGAACUAUAGGGUCUUAUUAGCUCAUCAUCUCUCUUCUGCUAAUUGAUUUUAAAGCUACUUGCUAUGUUUAACAUGAUUUGUUAACAGCUGAGAUUUUUGAGCAAUUGUAAUCAGAGGCUUUUCAUUUGUUACUAUGUACUAUCUCUGUGCAACACUAGCCAGUCUAAGGUAAAAGAUCCAGACCCUGGGUAUAUACUGAUUGCUGCCUGGAUAUUCUCUGAGCGUGGGUCUCAGACCUUCUAGUUGGACUGCUGACUAGUAGAUUUGGACAUGAACCCAGGAAGACUUAUUUACUUAUUAUUUAUUGGUUUCAUUUUACCCUUUUCUUCAUAAGGGAUCUUUCUUCCUACCAGUAGGGGCCCACAGAAUAGUUAUAUUACAGAGACACAGAGGACCUCCAGAUGAUUGAUAUACCCCUUGCCACUUAGCAAUUAUCCCAUACAUAUAGUGCCUUUUAUUUAUAUGUACUAAUAAAGCAUUUAUUAUUAUUAUUAUUUUCUUUCUUGGCACAUCUUGGGAUUACGUGUAAUUGCUGUUUGUAGAAAAUUCCACUAUUUAAACUCCGUGCUUAUUUCCGGAUUGGUCAAAAUAUAAUUUAUACCUUUAUAAUGUCUCUUACUUUCUCUGACUUUGUAUAAAACCAGGUUUGGAGUUCCAUUUGUUUUUGAGACUCCAUUAGUUUAUUUAUUAUUUCUUUUGAUAAAUGUAAAACAACGUUAUUUCUAGACAGCAUACAAACAUAUGAUUGGUGUUUAUAGGCUGAUACACCACAAUACUUAAAAUGGAUACAUUAAUUAGUUGUUUAUUUUGGGUAAAUUAGCCAGAAAUUCCAUAUAACACACAUGUUGAAGAUUACAAUGCAAGACACCAUUCCAAAAUAUCACGUACCACUUAUAUACCAGAAUUUAGGUACGUUCCUCCGAGCACAACUGAAUCAACAUUUCUGAGGCAUGGAUUGCCUUUUCUGACUGCUUAUAAUUUGACUUCUUUUGUAUCAGCUCUCAUUGUACUUCUAUAGUGCUAUGCAAAGCUUCAUGCACCACUUAUUUCACGUGAAAGACGUUAAACAGGUUAAAAAUAACAAUUGAAAUUUUUUUUUUUCUGCAGGUUUAGCAUGUUAAAAGCCCAUUUGUUCUAAUGACCUAUGUGAUUUACUUUGCUUCAUUUUAUGAACACAAUAGUUGAGAUAAUGGCAUAGUAAAAUCAACUGAAACUUCAGAAAAAUUACUCCAUGGUUUUAGCACUGUUCAAUUACCAACACACACGCGUAGGCCCACUUUUGAAGCCAAUUGCCUGCUAACUUGUCCAUAGCCAGACUAGAGGAUGGCUUGUUAUCUCUCCUGCUUUUUUUUUGAACUUCUCCUAGGUCUUCUGUAAAAAUUACACGACUAACAAAACUAGUGUUCCUCUUGAAUAUUCAUGCAGAAGAUACAUAUUUUUUAGGAUAUAGCAAUCUAUUAUUUAUCUUUGAUAAAUGGGGUAAUUGUGGUACUAAAAUAAGACUAUGUACAUAGCUUUAAUUUCCAUGCUUCUAGAUACAUGUCAGUAGAUUCUUAUAAUUUCAGAAUCCCAAAUGAUGGUGUGUAUCAUGAAUGGCCAUGAGUAAUUGGCUUGCACUAUGUCUGGACCCCUGUGUUCCAUCAAGUAUCAGCCCAAAAAUUCCUGAGAUGAUGGAGUCCACGUACACAGAAUCUCCAAACUUUCUGAAUCACAAAUAUUAUAGAAAUGAGUUUGUGCUCACAGUGACAGUGAGACUUGUUUUGACAUAGACUCCAUACAUUUUUUUAUCCAGGCACCUAACUAAUUCUCAUUAAUCUGUCAACACUCAGCAUGAAUCGUACCUCUCACACCAUACUCUCUUCGUGUUCAUUUGUAUGUAGAAUUGAACCUCAGCAUUUUGGUGACGGGGUCAGACACAAUAUGAAUUCCUUCACUGUCAUGUCUGUUUGCGCAAUGAUUGCACAUUCUGGCUUAGAUUUUCAUUCGAAAUUUACAAAAUAUGGAAAAAAAAUACAGUGAGAUAAACUGUUUCCUGAAGAACUAUCAGUGCAGAAACAUUUUCGUUUUGUUUUUGUUUGUUUUUCUACAUGUUCACUAGGAAAUUAGUGUUAACAAAAAAGGUCAGUUGAACUACCAUUGCUGCUGUGUGUAUUUAUAUGGGCUGAUUAAUAUAUGAACCAUUUGUUUUUGUUAUUUUGAAGCACGGAAAUCAACUGGUACCCUGAUAUUCUCUCGGUUUAUAAUGAGAGCGAGCAAGCCUGGGACUGGGAAGAUGAACAAGGCUUUUCUGCUCUUCGACAUUCAGGUGAGAACUCAGCUUUUACAUAUAUUCUUAUAUUCAAAUAAAUGUGAAAUUCAACAACCGAUGAGUGUUUUUAUGUUUUAUUUUUUUUCUUUUUAUAUAAUUUCCCUAUGAAAUACUACACAUAACAUCUGCAAGUGUACCUACAUACAAAGUAACUUAAAGUAAAGAAAAUUAGGACAAAGAAAUAACCUAUUUUGCCAUGUUUUUAUAAAAUAAUGUGUGUACAAAAUAAUGUGACAAAAUUGUUAUAAAGUCUUUGUUUUGUUCCACUUUUUUAUACUAAACCUCUACAAUAGCAUUUGUGACAUAAACAAGUUAAUCAUUAAAGCCAUCUAGACAGUAGCAUCAAUAUGUAUGUGAAUAUCAUUUGCUUUUUUUUAUAUUACUCAAGAAAAUACAGUAUCACAAACUAGAAUUUUGAAACCCUUUUUAUGAGAAAGUAGACUAGCCUAUCAUAUCAUUAGAAUAAGAUGCUAAAACAAACACUGACUAAUGGUGCGGAAUAAAUUGCCCAAACCUAUCACUAAACAAAGUAACACAUUCAUUUCCUAACACGGCAUGAAAUCUCUCUCUCACAUCCAGAUUUGUGGUUUUUCUAAUCCUCUCUUUAAUUUACACUAUAAUAAAAAAAUAAUUUGUGUCAAUGAAAUAUGUAUUUAAUGUGGUUUGUUAUUAUUGGAAUCCAAGAGCAUUCCUUUUUCUAAUUAUUGGAUUGACGGAAGCUGCUCCCAGUUUUACGGCUUAUCCCAGCUUGGAAUGUCAACACAGGGCGUCUUGCUUCUAUGCUAGACACCUGGCCCUCAGCUCCAAGAGCAAUUUCUUUGUACAGUUAGGGAGGCCUGUGAUUGCUUGCUAUUUUAUUGUGGUCAUGGUGAGUUCUAUAGUGACGAAAAAUAGGGUAUACAUUUACCAAAGGUUCUCUGAUGAUAACACUUGAGUCUGUAUGUGAUCAAUAUGUAACUUUUGAACAAAGAACCCAUUUGAUUGUUGUAGUAUGCAUCAGUAUCAGCUCAUCUAACAACUUCUAGUGAAUAGGCCCUAAGCCAUUGGGUCAGAAUGCAUAUCACAUUGCUGUUGCAUAGUUACACACAUAUAUCUAUGUAUACGUGUGUUGUUAAAUACCUAGAAGAAUAUGUCCUGGUGCGUUUUUUUGAGAAAAUGCCUCCUUACUUUCUCUCCCAACACACAUUUCACGAAUGUAUAAAUUAAUGAGAUAGGAGUGAAUUGAACGAACGGCAGCUGCUUCUUGAGAACAUAACUACCAAUAUUAAGGGACAAACUGGUAAAUUUAUCUCCUAGCACUGCGCAGAGAUUAGGGACCUCACACUGCAUGACGCCAGUCAAAGUGUGCAUCACAGAGUAUUUGGAGUAUGUCUAAAUAUUUAGGCAGUGGACAUAAUUGUAAAUAAGAGAAAUCUCACUGUAUCCUUCUUGGUAAAUUCACAAAUAUGAAUUAAUACACUUAUUUGUGGACUUGGAAAAAAACACAUUUAAUUGCAUAGGUUAUGCUUUCAUGAUGUUUGCAUAUUGAAAAUUUAGAAUCUAUAAUGUUUUCUUUGUGAAGUUAAGUAAAGUUAACUAAGUUAAGUAGAAACCUGUGUCAUUGUUCAUGAUUUUAAUUAUUCUAUUUAAAGAAAAAGAGGUUUGUCAUUGAUUGCUUAACCAAAUCUUCCAUUUGGAUUCUUAUUUAAUAAUCUUUGUACUUUUUUUUUUCUUCCUAUUUUAGGGAAAUGCGAGUGCAAAGAGCAGGUUUUAGGGAAUCCUAAAAUAUUUUGUGGCAUGAAAUAUUCAUAUGGUGAGUAAAAAAAGAGGUCUAUCAGAUUAUAGUUAAAUAGUGUUGUGGGAGCUCUCACACUAUUUCCAUUACACACAUUAAUGCCUAGUCGGCACAGACAAUAGCGACUGCCUUUAUUUUUUCCCCCUGUAUUACUACAGUUUACUAGAUAUAAAAUUUGAUUUGUCCAAAUAGUUUUGUCAGAAAAAAAAAAACCAAAACUAUUCGGACAUUUGGGUCGUCCAAAUUCCCUUUGCAUGUUCUCAUUGGCAUCGAAAUUCAGACAACCGCUUACAUGUUUAACACUUCACUCACUGCUUUCCUCCCACAAUACCCCAAGUGGUUACGUUAACAAAUAAAAGCUUAUGGGAGUAAAUAUGAUUGACUUAUGGAAGUCCAUAUGGAAGGGAUAUGUCUACUAAACAUCAUGGCUGCCCAGUUGCUAAUACAAUAACAGUCCCCCUGUCCUCACCAUGAGGCUACAAAUAAAUAUUAAAGGAGGGGGAGGUAUAUUGUUUGGCUACAGUUUGGCUCAAGAUGGAUAAUAAAGUAAGGGGAUGGGGCUCUGAAUAAAUGGAAGGACUAAGUGUCUAUCACAGCCACCACCCCAUGGUGGAUGGAGGAUUUAACUAUAUUAACGAGAGGGGGGACCUAAUGUCCUCUCCAGCUGCAUCCCAUGGACAGCGAGCUCUUAAAUAAAUAUUAACCAGGGGGUCCUAAUGGGUUCUUCCCCCAUUGAUAGCAGGUGUAGGCACCCUCCAUUUUACUAUUUAUUUUGAACCCCACUGUGAGAUCACGAGGGGACACAAUAGAUCUAGUGCAGGUGCAUUAGCUCGAGCAGCAAAGUGGUGGGAGGGAUAGACCCAGGUUGUUAGCUGUCUCUCUCAGCCUACCACUGGUCGCUCAUCAAGAGUAAACUCAUUUACAUUUUGUAACCUGUACUUGUGAAGGAUGGCCAGUAAUAGGCUGAGAGGGUCAUUUGAUGCUCUCAGUGUAUCAUUGAUGCCCCUUUGUUGCAUGUGUUAAUGCUUCUGCAGAAAAGAAGAGGCAGCACACAGACACCUGGGGAUGCUUCUGUGUUAAGCCAUUCAAAAAUGGUUUAACACAAGAAGGUAAGAUAGCUCCCGGGUACUUCAGGCACCAUAACCACUUCAUUGAGAUGGACAACUUAUGGUUCUCAGAAUACUUUUUUAACCUGCUACAGAAGACUCUCCUCCACCAUAUUAUUAUUUUUUAAUAUAGACUGGAUCUAAAUUGUCUUUAUAGCAAUAUGACCGGUCUUAUGAUACAUGAAAUUGCUUUGCCAUUAAUAAAUAAAUAUGUAUUCAUGUUUCUGCAAAACGGAGAGUGUGUGUAUAAGAUUAGUGGUAUUUAUUAAUGCGGUCUGCACCUAUUUCCUUUCGGGGAGUGGAUCAGGAGAUAAGAUUUAGCCAACAAAGACAGGGCGACCUGCAAAGGAAAGUUCAAGAGGUCUUGUGUCAGUGAAACAUUAUGAUUUUGUGUUGCUCUGGCUUCCUGAGUGUGAUAUGGAUGAUAUUUAAUCUUCCUUAAAGAUAAGAAGUGGGAGCAAAUAACAACUACAUAAAUCUUAAGAAGUAACACGUCUCCCACCCUUUCACAGGCCUCAUUAUUAGCAGGACGAGUUAUGAAAUAAAAAACACAUAGAAACCUUUUUAGUUGUAUGAUACAAAACAAAUAUAUGCACUGUAAAACAUGGUUGGUAUGUACAUUAAAACAUUCUUUGCUCUGUUCAAACCCUUCCAGCUGAGCGCUUAUGUCCUGUAAUGUUGACUACACAAGUUGAUGUAGAAGGGUAAAUUCAAUUAGAGGUGAAAUGCCAUAGAUUGCAAUCUAGAGCUGUUCUCCCAUACAGACGUGUUUUCAAGUUGUUCCACUAUAAACUAACCUUCAGAUGAAGUAAAUAAAAUUCCAAAAGGUCCUAAAGUCAUCUUGUAAGUGCUUUUGCAGGUGUUAAAACAGGAUUAAUGCAUCAACAGUUCAAUCAACCAAUGGUAUAUACACAAGGACAACUGGUUAGUUGCAAUUGUGUUCAUUUUUUUCAGUUCUGACACCAGAACAAAAGCACACUGAGAUGAUUUGAGAAGUGCUAGACCUUCUUUUGGAAUGAUCUAUAACUUUGGUUUGGCGAUUAGAAAGUUGUGUCUAAAGAUGAGUAAAUGCUCAACUAGGAUCCAAAUUGAUAAAAUUAAAGAAAGGCAGAUUGUAGUCUGUGUAUUUACUAGUUAUUAGAUAUAAUGUAAGUCUUUGAAUAAUCCCAUCUCUUACAUAGGCCUCUUUUUUCCUAUUUUUGGGUAAGCAUUUUAUAUGAUAACCUUUAAAAAAAACUUGUUUUUUUUUCAAAACUGUAAAAUAUCACAAAAUAUAUUGUAUUUAAAAAUAUAUCGGUAUGUUAAAAAAAAUAAAAAUAUCAAAAAAAGUAAAUCUUUCUCAUAGUAUUAAAGUUAACAUUUUUAAAAGUUUAUCCAUAAAUAUUAAAAACAUUUAAAAAAUGUAUCCGGUAAUAAUAACUUGGUAGCCCCAAUUUAAUAUUACAUUUUAAACAUAAUUUAAAUGAAACAUUAACAUUUGAAUAAUAUAUCAUGUAUGUGAUGGAACAAUCAGUCACUUGUUUUAAGAUGUUUUUAACAGCCCCACACCUCACUUCAAAAAGUGGCAUAAUCACUGUGAUCUAUAUACCCCUACUUCCAGAGACUUUGUCCCAGACCACUGGCCCUCCUCACCAUCCUCUCUAAGCCCAUUCACUAGGAGCACCUCUUCCCUUGGCCGUCCAGGAAGCCCAGAGAGCCGCGAGGACUGUAGCGGAACUUACCUACAACUCCACUGGAACUUAGACCCGGCUGCGCCUAACCCCUCUCCCGCCCACCUUCUACCUACUUUUUUCCACCACUUCUCAACCAGCUAGGAGAUCACUCUUUAGAGGGCAUAGAAUAUGUACUCUCAUAAACCAUUGCUCCGGGAGAACCAGGAGGAGCGCCCCUUUUUCAUUCUACAGGAGCUCCUGAUAUUUGACCAGCCAAAUUCACCCUGGACAGCUCUAGCGGCCGGUCUCAACUAAUGUGUGGGGGGGAAAGGCUAUGACACCGGUAUACAAUACAGCUAUCCAGCGAGCUAUAAUCAGUGACUACUGCACUGAAUGGGAUACUUCGAAGGGGAAAGGAGAGCCUUGGCGGUGACACUCCGGUCCCUUAAUAAAAAAAAAAAAUCCAUAAAUAUGUAAAAAAAAAAAAAAUCUAUGUUAAAAUAUGUAAGAAAAUAUUAAAUCAUUUUAAAAGUGUAUACAAAAAUAUUAAAUCCUAGAUAGAUCAAUUAAUAAAUGGUAACACUUAAGCAAGAGAAAUGUACACGGUUUGGAUUAGUCCAAAAUAGAAAUCGUAAGUCAGUGUUAAUUACAAAAAAAAAUCCAAAAAAGGUUUCAUGUACACCACUGUUCAAUAUCAGGCAAUUUUAUUGGAACAUAGUAUAAGAAGCAACAUGUCAACCUCCCUUGGCGGUAUUUUUCAAGCUUGAAAUAUUGCUUUGUAUACAAUGUUCCAAUACAACUGCCGAUAUUAAGCCUUGGUGGGCCUGAAGCCUUUUUCGGAUUAGUUGUAUGCAAAGUACAUUAGCAUCAUUUUGUUGGUCACUUGGAAGAGUGUGGUUCCAGUUCUUUCAGUGUUAAAUACAAAAGCAUACAACAGACAAUCUCACAGUAGUCCUACAAUCUCACAGUAGUCCUACAAAGCAUCUGAUCAUGUGUUCAGCUUGCCCUAGCUUGCCAGAAAGCUUCAUUCAUGAAAAUACAUGAGUGAAGCAAUUUGUGCCAGCACACAUGAAGGGCUGUCAAACAGAUUCUAACACAGCAGGUAGCAGUUACAUUUGUUUAUGGCUCAAGAACAUCUAAAGUUCAGGAGAGGCAUAGCUUCCGUGAUGACCUACAAAAUCACUGCAGCUGUAAUUAAAUGAAUGAAGAGAAUCACACAAAUAACAGAACUUUUUAUGGAACCUAUAACAAUCCUAUCACAUAUCUGGAAUUACAGGUCCAUCUCUCCCUCUCCUUCCCCCCAAAAACUGGAAGCAAACUGCUGUUCUCACGGGGUGGAUUGCAGCUAUAAUGUGGGAGGGCUGUGCUUGAAUCAAGGUGGGUUGGGAGGGGGUAUAAAUACCACUUUAUUUGUUUGGCAAGUAAUUCCUGGACAUUGAUUUUAAUAGUUUUUUUCUUUUUUCUUUCUUUCUUUUUCUUUCUUUUUUUUUUCAGUUUUGAAAAUAAAGAUUUUGUCAGCUCAUGAUAGAGGAUCUCACGCUGAGGUUAAUGUUAAGAUCAAGAAAGUUCUAAAAAUGACAAAGGUGAAGAUUAUGCGUGGAAAGAGAACAAUCUAUCCGGAAUCCUGGACUAAUAGGGGUUGUACAUGUCCCAUUCUAAAUCCUGGUAAGGUUAUUUAAUUAAUUUUUUUUGCGUGUCUUUUUUGUGUUUGAAAAGAUAAAAAUGGAUUAACAUUUUUGGGGAUAUGUAUUAAAGUAAUUUCAGAGUGAAUAAUGUUUUUAUUUUGCAAAUCAUUUUUUUUCUUUUUUACGUGGUUAUUUUGGUGUUUAAAUUGUACCUGUCAUUGAUGCACUCAUUUUGUAAUCUAUUGUGCUAGCAUAAAUGUUAGCAAAUGUAUAGAUUUUAAAUUACAUCUACCGUAUUUAAAAUAAGAUGCAUUCCACACCUGUCAAACUGUUCCUGACAUGGACUAUGCUGACAUAGACAGAGAAGAACAGGAACAAUCUUUUUUAGGCAGUUCUCUUACUUUGUGAACAUAGGGACAGUUGUGCAGGUUAUUAUCACUUUGUUUAGAUGUAAAUAAUUAGGAAAGGUCCAGGCACUCCAAUAGAUUCAGGCACAUUUAUUCAGAACAAAAGCAACAUUGAACAUUGAACAUUUUUGGGUUCUUUACUAAUGUAUAUUUACAUCUUCUAUUAUGUUCUUUGAAGGGCUUGAAUAUCUCGUGGCGGGUUAUGAAGACACAAGGACUGGUCAUCUUAUAGUCAACAUGAAAAGUUUUGUUCAGCUCUGGAAACCAGCGCUGGGUAGAAAAGUUGUGGAAAUUUUGAAAAGGGAUUGCAAGUGAGCUGAAAGCAGAAGCCUAUUGCAUUACAUAAUGCACUAAACAUACGUAACAAAUAAGGGAGACCCCCGUAACUUUCACAGUGUACAUUGGAGGAAAAUGAGCAUUUAACAGACACCAGAAGACGCAUCGCAAAUUUCUGCCUUCAUCAUUCAACUUGCUCGUUGCUCAAGCGUUUUUGUACCAUGCAACCAAUCUUCAUGAGGCCUUGCUCUGCUGACAUUUAGACAAUUAUGAAGAUAGAAAUACAAUUGCAAUGAUUUAUAUAGCGUCAACAUAUUCCGCAGCACUGUACAAUGGAUGAUAAACCAAGACAAAUAAUUUUAACAAAACACAUUUGACAUAUGAGAACAGUAGGUGAAGAGGACCAUACCGAAACGAGCUCACAAUCUGAAAGGAUGAGUUACAAAAUGGUGUUGGACUGUGAUGUUAUUGAUAUACCAACUAUGGAGAUAAAUUAAUGUUGUAUGUUGCAGGCAGCAGUCAUACAACCUGUGAACAUGCAACAUAUGAAAAGCAAGAACUUUUUUUAUUUUUUUUAUUUGAAGGUACAGAACAAAAUACUUAUAUUCAGGAAGUAUUCUAACUGUACCUCUUGAAAUGUAAAUCUUACAGUUGUAAGAAGCACUUUACUACUUGUUAAGUCAUAUUGUGAACAUUAUUUUUUUUUUUUCAUUAUAAUGAAAAAGUAAGAAUUCUAGAAAGUUUUAAGAAAAGGAAAAAAAAAAACGCACUCCAAGGACACCUUAACACAAAUGUAUCAUAUUUGUUUUUAUGUUUGUUAUUUUUAAAGCUUUAUUUAUAAGGAUAAACAUAAUUUCAUGGCGUAUGAGUUAUUAAAUGUAAGCCAUGAACCUUCCUGUUUUGUGUAAUUUAUUUUCAGAAUAAAAUACUCCUGUAACUACUGUGCAGAGGACAUUGUGCACUGUGGAAUAGAGUUGGAGUUAUAGAAUUAAGCAGAUUAGUAAUGUUCUGUUCUGGCGUUAUAGCUCAUUAAAAUUCACUCCUGUUAUUCCUGUAUUCUUGCAUUAAAUAGUAAGUAGGUCGUGGGAAGGUUGACCACUGGUAGAACGCAUCUCAGUGUACAAACACACAGGAACCUCUGCACAUCCUUUGCGCAGUCAAGAUGAUGUUGAGCUAUAUGUAUUUAACAUAAAUAUAUUAAAUAAGUAAAUAAUUUGGCUACAAUGCACUGUACAAAUAUACAUACAGUAAAGAAGCAAUAGUUGUUUUGAUUUUUUUUAACAUGUGCAUUGUGGAUUAUGGUCACUAUAUUAUACUGUAUAGCUUCAAUCUACUUUUAAUUUUAGUUUAAUGCAUAUCUGUAAACAGAAUGAAAGUUACCUAUUGUAUAAUAUUCACAGAUUCAAAAUGGUUGCCUAAGAAAUAAUGGUCUACUUUUCUUUCUAUUGUAUAUCGUAACCCUAUAUGUAUGUUUUUGUUUGUAACAAAAUAACCUUUUGAUGCUAGUGGCACAUGCAAAUUAAAUGUGCCUAGCUGUAACAUGGUAUUAAGGACACUGUUUCUUUAAAAUUGCUUUGUCCCAAGAUUAGCCUAAAAGUAUAUUCCGGACUGUAGUAGAACUAUAUAAAAUUUAAAUGGUGCUGUGUCGGCCUCAGGGGGACAUUCUAAGCACAAAACAACUUUAAAGAACUAUUAGAACCAUCUGUUGCUGUACCACUAGCAACUCUAGUGACUUAGACAGCAAUGUAAUCACUGCGGUUUUCAAUUAUCAUCCUGCAGGAACAGGUUUUAUGUCCCAGAAGCCCUUUAGCUUCAAAGACCACUAUAG